ACUAGUUAUAUUGAAUUCAUGUGCAAUUUCAGUGAAGACUUUCUGCCAAAAUGAAAACAAAUCCACUAAGCAAAAAAAAAAAAAAAAAACCCACGUAGACUCAAUAUUUGCUUUCGGGCCUCCAAAAAAUAUGUGGUGGCUCAGAUCUGGCCCCCUGGCUUAGAGUUUGACACCCCUGCAUUAGAUGGUCGUACUUUUGCCUUAUUUAACCAUCCGCCAUUUCUUAACGCCUUUCAAAAAACUUAAUUUAUUUGUGUGAGUAACUGACCUGUACCGCCAACUGGAAUGCCAAGUAAACCUUUGAACAUAACUUGUGCUCAACUAAGUCAAUAGCGACUUCAUUCAUUAAGUAAGUAAUCAAUGGCGCACACCUGUGUCUGCUUACUGAGGGGGUUGGACCAGAGUCCACUUAAAAGGCAAGUUCUGUCUUCUCAUCAAUUUACUUGUGUAGAACUGCUGGCACCCACAUGAGCAGCAAGACUGUGGCGGACGAGUUUAAAAAAAAAAAAAAAAAAAAAAAUUGCAGUUUUUUUGUAGUAGUGACUAGCUGUACUAGUCACUACUCAACGGUGUUUCUCAACGGCGUCAACCCUUGUUGUAAAAAAUGGCAGAGUACAUGCUGACAGUGACAACGGGUGACAUGCUGCACGCAGGCACCUUUGAUAAUCUCUACGUCACUCUGCUGGGCACAGAAGGGCAGUCCAACCGCACACAGCUGACUGGUGUCGGGCUGGUUAAUCAAACUGAAAAGGUACACUAUGUUGAAUAAUACUCCAUGUUACUCAAAAGUUCUGGAUUUUGGGGUUGAGGGUGAAAUUUCAGAAUGUACCCUAAAUUCGCUUCACAGGUAGACUCAAUUUGACCCCCUCUUAACGUUUGAAUGCAUAUGUUCAGCAGGUUUUUGAGCCAUAAAUGGACCCAUAGGUUUCGAAGAGACUGGAUGAGUCACAGAAAGGUGUAGAAGUAGAUGUCCUUUGGGAAAUGGGGAAUUUUGCCCAUCAAGAGAACUCUUCAAAUGCCAAUUCUAAUUGAAUUGAAUUGAUUUGUUGGUCCGUUCAUGGGUCAAACACGUUUUGAAUUUUGCAGUUCAGCAAAUAAGUUGCACAAAAAGUACUGAAAUUGAACGGUCAGACGUUCCAUGACGGCAAUUUCUUGGCAUCAAGAUUCCACCAGAUGAUGCCAAGGAUAAAACCACUUAAUGGAUGUUUUUCAGAGGGGGGGGGGGCAAAAAUAAAAUCUGCGAAUUCACAAAUAUGCAGGGGUUGACCGUUUGCGAGUAGCAUAACUCUCGUUUCAAGUUCUUUUUGCCAUGAAAAAUGUUCUCACCCGCAGGUGGGAAUGUUCUCGGUGACGUCCGCGUUCACGUUACGGUUCCUCCUCCUCCUCCAAUUGGAGAAAGAUCCUUUCCGUGAAUUCCAAGACGCGGAGUGGUUUUGCUCCACGGUGGUAGUGAGGACGCCUGAGGACGAUGACGUUUUCUUCCCCUGCUACAAGUGGCUGUCCAGGGGCGAACUUGUGCUUUUGCGAGGAGGCAGAGCCACAAAAGCAUUUGAAGACUACUAUCCACAACUUCAGGACCAACGGAAAAAGGAAUUGGUCCAGCAGAAGUUGACUUAUAAAUGGGAUGAGUACGCUGAAGGAAUGGCUUACGUCUUAAGCAUCAAAGAUCCAAAUUCCCUCCCGGCAGAAGUCCGCUUCUCGUAUUCAAAAGCCAGGCAGUUUGCCUACAGAAUAAAGUUUGCAAGGGAUGAGCUCUUGGAGAAGGGUGUACUGCAUACUUUGGGACGCUGGGAAAGCUUUGAGGGCAUGAAGAAUGUUUCCUGGUUCACAAAAUCAACACUUUCAGAGAGAGUGUCUCAGCUGUGGAAGAACGACGACUUUUUUGCGGACCAGUUUCUCAACGGCGUCAACCCUUACGUGAUCCGGCGCUGCGCCAAGCUGCCGUCCGACUUCCCGGUUACAGAUGAAAUGGUCAAGCCGUUUUUGGCCAAAGGGACCAGUCUGACUAAAGAGAUGGAGCUCGGCCAGCGGCCCUCUGAGGACGAUCCGAUUUUUCUGCCCAGCGAUUCUGAGGCGGACUGGCUGCUGGCUAAGCUGCACGUGAGACACGUCGACACCUUGCACUGCUUGUUAGUCAGCCAUUUGCACAAUACUCAUUUGAUAGCGGAGGUUUUUGCAAUGGCGACGCUUCGCAACCUGCCGACGAUUCACCCCCUGCACAAGCUGCUGAUACCGCAUCAUCGAAGUACCCUCCAUGUGAACACAGUCGCUCGUGCUGUUCUCUAUGGCCCAGGAAGAUUUUUUGAGGAUUCUUCGAUUUCUGCAGAAGGUCAGCUGCCUCUCAUGAGAAGGGCGCUCGCCCACUUGACCUACGCUUCACUCUGUGUCCCGGAAGAUAUCGCUGCCCGAGGUCUGGAGUCCAUCCCCAACUUUUAUUACAGAGAUGAUGCUUUGAGGAUGUGGAAUGUCAUUAACAGCUUUGUUAAGGCAGUGGUGGCAUACUAUUAUCCACUGGACAGUGAAGUGUCUGCAGAUUCUGAGCUCCAGGAAUGGGCCAAUGAGAUCUUCAACUAUGGGUUUCUGGGUAAUGUUGCUUCAGGUUUCCCUUCAAGCUUUCAAAAUGUGGAGGAGCUCAUAAAGUACAUCACAAUGUUGCUCUUCACCACGUCAGCGCGACAUACUUCAGUGAACAUGGGCCAGUUGGAUUAUCUAAAUUGGAUCCCUAAUGGUCCUUUGUUACUACAUCUGGCUCCACCAACUGUAAAAGGAAAUUCUACCAUGGAUGAAGUACUGUUGACUCUGCCCAACAAAUCAUUUGGAUCAGUCACCAUGUCUCUUAAUUGGUUCCUUAGCGAGAAGUAUGAGGAUUUUGUCCCUCUAGGUCAGUAUCCUCAACGUUUUAGUGAGCCUGCGGUCUUGAGGAUGAUUGAGGAUUUUCAAGCGGAGUUGUCGACAAUCAGCGGCGCCGUCGUGAAGAGGAACGAGGAGCUUCAGCUGGCUUAUCUGUACUUGAACCCCAAAGAAAUAGAGAACAGUGUGACUAUUUAACAGAUGUCAAAAGGAAACGCUGUCUUGGGCAAUACUGGCUUCAAACUGAUAGCCUGGCAUGAUGUAUUUGAGUACAAUAGCUUU